AUGGCCACCUGAGCAUUGUGCAAGCUGAGGAGGUUGUGCUGACGCGCUCCCACAUCGGGUUAGUCAUGGAGUACGUCAAGGGUGAGUCACUGCCAAGGCUGCUCGAGGGGUGCGCCGCGGCGGUCGCGCGGGCGGCGCUGUCGGGGCGCGGCGCCCUCCGCGCUGCCGCCCGCGUUCCUGCCGGCACGGCGGCGGCGGCGGCUCGCUUUGUGUGCGGCAACCUGGUGUCUUACGUGACGCGGCGGCGCGACAGCGCGGCAUUGCGGGGCGGCCUAUGCAUGGAUGAGGACGCGGCCUGCUACUUUUUCAGGCAGCUGAUUUCUGCUGUUCAGUACUGUCACGAGGGCCACGUGGCGCACAGGGACCUGAAGCUGGACAAUGCUCUGCUGGACGACAGGGACCCCCCACGCCUCAAACUGUGCGACUUUGGUUUUGCCAAGGGGUGGGCCACCAGCAGCAAUAUGGACACCAUGCGCAUCGGGACAGCCGAGUACAUGGGGCCUGAACUCAUAUCUGGGCGCUCUGGCUACGACGGAAAAAAGGUUGACGUGUGGGCCGCGGGCGUGAUGCUGUACGUGCUGCUGCUGGGGGCCUUCCCCUUUGAGAUGGAGGACGAGAACUACGAGAGCACCGCGGACAUCAACUUCCUGUUUUGA